CUCUCUCUCUCUAUCUAUCUAUCUAUCUAUCUAUCUAUCUAUCUAUCUAUCUAUCUAUCUAUAGCGGUUAGGUGUUUCACUGUCGAACACAGGAAACUCGAGUUUGAUUCUCGAUUAUUGGAAAGGGUUUAUCGUAUAUCUCCGUAUUUCUGAUUAGAUAUUGUAUUCCUCUUGGCCCUGAUAGGAAGGGUCGUAACUCACUUCCUAAAUCUUUCAGAUUGUGUCCAUGGGAGUGUUAAACAACGACAUGACAAAAAAGAAAAUUCUGCCUUAAAUCAUCUGUCAGAUCUGUACCUUUAUCCUCGAUUUACAAGAACAAUAACGACUCCUACAGUGGUGGACGAAAUGUCGACUCGAGGCACCUCGCUGGAGGGACACAGGUUUCCCGGCCCCGGAGCUUAGUGUCAGGAUCUGCUGACUUUGACAACAACGCAACACGAGAGUAAUCCGUCACCCUGUCACACAGAGUCAUAGGUCGCUGGGUCACCCAAAGGAUUGACCCACACGACUAGAUUUGAGAUAGCCCCCGUCUUUGUUUCCAACAGCAGCGGGGGAUGUGCUGGCAUAACAUUUCGGUACAGAGGAUGGGAAGAAACGCUUCGCUAUUGGAAGCCAAUAUGUACGCCAUGUUUCCCGGGUACAACAUCACGACGGGUUGGCCUCCCAGAGAUAACAAUUCCAACAAUUCCGGGUACUUCGAUCAAGUAACCGUCAAUGGCAGUGACCGGCCUGAACUGUUGCGACAGUAUAACUACCAUGAACCUAAAUAUGAAGAGCCUGUGAUGAUUGUCAUAUGUAUCUUUCUAGGAUGCAUGAUCUUAGCCAUCAUUCUCGGUAAUAUCUUUGUAAUAACUGCCAUCCUGGUGGAGAAAUCUCUCCAGGGUGUGUCCAACUACCUCAUCCUGUCUCUGGCAGUGACUGAUCUCCUUGUGGCUGUGCUUGUCAUGCCUCUGAGUCUCAUCUACGAGAUCAGCAUCCAUUGGUUUCUAGGCAACGCCGUCUGCGAUAUGUGGGUGUCUAUGGAUGUUCUCUGCUGUACAGCUUCCAUAUUACAUCUCGUGGCUAUAGCGUUUGAUCGAUACUGGGCAGUCUCAAACAUCGACUACGUUCGGAGUCGGAAUGCAAGGCAGAUUCUUCUGAUGGUGGCCAUCGUGUGGACCGUGUCAGUGUUUAUAUCGAUACCGCCUUUGUUCGGUUGGAGACAUGAUUCCGACGACCCCGAGCUGACAGGACAAUGUCUGAUCUCGCAGGAUCACGGGUACACCGUGUUCUCGACGGUAGGCGCGUUCUACUGCCCACUGCUGCUGAUGCUUGUGAUCAACUUUAAGAUAUAUCGCGCAGCGCGGUACAGAAUACGAAAGAAACGCUUCGGUGGACGGGGAGGGAAACAUCAAGCGUUACACGUUCCGUUACCGGCUGUAACGGUCGAGACGUCACAUCGGACAAAUACUCGCAACUCCUCCGGAAGUGACGUAAGCCAGGACGGCAUCAGCAUGUAUAUGCCUUCCUGCACGAACGCUAAUGACGUCACACGGGUGGACAUGGAGAGCCCGCUAGAUGUCCAGGAGAAUGGUCAAGCGCUGCUCCAGCAGGAUCCAAACCUGACUCGCAUGUUGUCCAACACACUGACCGUCCCAGCAUGCACUGUUAGCGUCCCCCUACCCCGUCCAGGAACCUCGUCCGCUUCCAACAACAACGUCACCAAAAGACUGAGACGCACAGACAAAGAGCGCUUCCGGCGAGAGAAAAUGGAGAUGAGGCGAGAAAGGAAAGCGGCGCGAGUGUUAGGAAUUAUUACCGGAGCGUUUGUGGUGUGUUGGCUGCCCUUCUUCGUGGUGGCAGUCGUGAAACCGAUGUGCGGCACACCGUGUGACAUGCCUAGCUACGUGUACAGUCUCUUCUUGUGGCUCGGCUACGUUAAUAGCCUCAUCAAUCCCAUCAUUUACACCAUCUUCAACCCAAGCUUCCGAUGUGCGUUCAAUAAGAUUUUCUUACGUCGGAUCAAGUCAGUGAACCGAAUUACCUAGUGACAUGGUCAAUGUUGUCAGUGUAUUCGCCAUGCAAAUAUUAAUUUCAUGUCAUCUUCAAUCCUAGUAUUGCUACCAUGUACUUCCCAUGACCAACAGGCAUUUUGUAGUCUAACAAAAUGCAAGGCAUAUUUUGUUUACAAAAAAAAAAAAAAAAAGACGA